UCUUUUCAUUGAAUUAUUAGUUUAUACGAGGAGGAAGGACUCUGCUGCACCCAACAAGUCUCUGUUAUUGUGAUAUUAAUAGAACACAAAAGCCCUAGCUUUUGGGGCACAGUGAUAGUGAUAGCAGCUAGUACUUGUUCAACCCAUUGACAGAUAGAGAUUGAGAAUGGUGAAAGCAAGUGAAAAUAAGAGCGGUGCAGUACCUGAACCGGUGAUGGAUGCAGUGCAUAGCACUCUAUCCAACCUUCAUGAAUUGCGAACACACUUUGAUGAGUUCUUGUCUCUCUCUGACCCUCAAGUCCUUUCUCAAAUGCCCCCUCUUCAACGUGCUCACUCCCUCUUCAUCCUCGCCAGAAUCACUUCUACCCUCCUCACAUUGAAGUUGAGGUGUAGUGGGGUUCACCCAGAUGAUCAUCCUGUCAAAUCAGAGAUUGACAGAUUAGACUUAUACCAAAACAAACUGGGACGUAUGCUAGACUUGAGUAAAGCUCCACUACGACCAUCUACUACCUUGAAUUAUAAGGCAGCUACACGCUUCAUUGAACACUCUCUGCCUGACCUCACUCCGGGGCAAAGGCAAAGUAUGAGGAACAUAAGUAGAGGGGAGGGACCGAAGAUGAAUCAUCACGAGCGGGCUGGUCAAAAGAGGAAGUUUCAAUCUUCUGAAAAACAAUCUGUUCAAAUUGCUGCCAAGGAGUUUCUGGAGAAAGCAGCCCUGGAGCUUCUUGGUAAUAAUAAUGGCGGUAUUAAGGGACCAGUACAAAUUGACAAUUCAGAGGAUGAUGGCGAUGAACCACUUGUGCCCUAAUUUUCCUGAAUUCUGAUUUCCAAGAUAAGGAUCAACUUACUACACAGUACGUGUGAACAAAAAAUGGAGCUGUGUUCAUGAGAGGGAAUAUCACCAGAGCCUUGUGUUUUCUCCAAGCUUUUUGGGAUGGCUUUUAUUCAUUUCUUGGUGACAUAAACUUGAAAUACUGUUCAUUACCCAUUCUAAGUGUCAAGUAUUCAAGUUGCAGUGCAUUUUUUGUUAUCAUCUUACCGGUUAUGUUUAACUAUCCGUUAAUUUUGUUGUUUGCAAUGUGGCAUGUGACUGGGGGAACUAUGCUGUGUUAGUUAUAUUUGUGUUCUGAGCUUGGAUUUAUAGUUUCUACAAUGUAUAUGGCU